GUGCCAAACAUGAAAAUGGCGUUUCGCGUACCGAAUCCGUGCUCCUCUUUCUCUUUCUCUUUCUCUUUUCUUCUGUAACUAGGUGCACAAAACGAUGCCGUUGUUCCUCCCGGACGAGGAGUUCGUGCGGUGCUCCGGCGACAUUGCCACCGUUGUGGCGAAGGCUGACGCCUACAUUCGCAGUCUUCUCCAGGAGCUCGACACGCUCCGCGCCCGCUCCCACGCCGUCGACAUCAACGCCGAGCAGAACUGCUCCCUCGUCGAGCAGAAGUUCCUAACCCUCGCCUCCGACUUCUCCGCCCUCCAGUCCCGAGUCUCCGAACUCGACUCCGAACUCGAACAGCGCAAUGCUGACCUCGUAGACGUACAAUCGCAGAAGCACCAAGUUCAGCUCCAAUCGGUUGAGAAGGAUAGGGAGAUAGAGAGGUUGAGGACAGAGGUUAGCGAGCUUCACAAAUCAAAGAGGCAGCUGAUUGAGCUCAAUGAUCAGAAGGAUUUGCAGCUUAGUGAGAAAAAUGCUUCCAACAAGAGAAACCUUGAGAAGAUUGUUCAUUUGAAUGAGAAUGCUGCUCAGAAGGAGACACGAAUAAGUGAACUUGAAGCAGAGCUGGGGAAGUCUAAGGCUUCUUGUACUCGCUUUGAACAGGAGAAGGAGAUUCUUGAGCGACAGAAUGCUUGGCUUAAUGAUGAGUUGACAACUAAAGUUAAUAGUUACUUUGAGCUUCGUAAGAAACACACUGAAUUGGACGCUGACAUGUCUUCCAAGCUUGCAGAUGUUGAGAGACAAUUUAAAGAAUGCUCAAAAUCUCUGCAGUGGAAUAAGGAUAGAGUGAGGGAGCUAGAAACAAAGCUUAAAUCCUUGCAAGAGGAUUUAAUUUCAGCUAAAGAUGCUGCUGCAGCAAAGGAAGAGCGACUAUCAGCUGAACUUUCCACUGUUAAUAAGCUUAAUGAUCUAUAUAAAGAAAGUUCUGAGGAGUGGUCUAGAAAAGCAGCAGAUCUAGAGGGAGUGAUCAAAGCAAUAGAGUCUCAACUAAAGCAAGUUGAGGAUGAUUAUAAAGAGAGACUGGCGAAGGAAGUAACUUCUAGAAAUCAGGCAGAAAAGGAGGCUGCUGAUUUGAAAGGAAAGCUUGAGAGGCUUGAAGCUGAAACUGAGGCAAGAAAGAAAACGACUGAGUACUUCUAUUUUCUUUUGGGUCACAGGUGGACGGCAUCAAUUGAAGAUGAUAAUAUGACAGAUGAAAAUAAUUUGCUUGUCCCAAAAAUUCCUGUUGGUGUCUCUGGAACAGCAUUAGCUUCUUCACUCUUGAGAGAUGGGUGGAGUUUGGCCAAAAUGUAUGCAAAAUAUCAAGAAGUUGUUGAUGCACUGAGACAUGAGCAAUUGGGUAGGAAGGAGUCAGAGACAAUCUUGCAUCGGAUUCUGAAAGAGUUAGAGGAGAAGGCUGAAGCUAUUAAAGACGAAAGAGCGGAACAUGAAGAGAUGGUUGAAGCAUAUUCCUCAAUGAACCAAAAAUUGCAGAACUCCCUGACUAAAAAUACUAACUUGGAGAAAAGCAUUCAAGAACUGAAGGCUGACCUUAGAAGGCGUGAACGGGAUUAUAAUCUUGCACAGAAAGAAAUUGAUGACCUUCAAAAACAGGUGACAUUACUUCUGAAGGAAUGCCAAGAUAUACAACUUCGUUGUGGAUCCAUUGGAUAUGAUAUUGUUGAAGAUGUUGCAAAUAUAGCUUCAAGGACAAGUAUGGAGAUGGAAGCUGAAAAAAUAAUCUCCGAGCACCUUUUAACCUUCAAGGAUAUUAAUAAUCUAGUUGAGCAGAAUGUUCAACUUAGAAGUCUUGUUCGUAGUCUUUCUGGCCAGAUUGAGAAUCAGGAGGUGGAGUUUAAGGAGAGGUUGGAAUUAGAGCUGAGAAAAUGUUCUGAUGAAGCUGCUUCAAAAGUUGCUGCUGUUCUGCAGAGAGCCGAAGAGCAAGGGCGCAUGAUUGAAUCACUUCAUACAUCUGUUGCCAUGUACAAGAGGUUGUACGAGGAAGAGCAUAGUCAUCAUUUAUCCCAGACCCAUUCUUCAGAAGCUCAUACAGCGGAACAUGAAGAGAUGGUUGAAGCAUAUUCCUCAAUGAACCAAAAAUUGCAGAACUCCCUGACUAAAAAUACUAACUUGGAGAAAAGCAUUCAAGAACUGAAGGCUGACCUUAGAAGGCGUGAACGGGAUUAUAAUCUUGCACAGAAAGAAAUUGAUGACCUUCAAAAACAGGUGACAUUACUUCUGAAGGAAUGCCAAGAUAUACAACUUCGUUGUGGAUCCAUUGGAUAUGAUAUUGUUGAAGAUGUUGCAAAUAUAGCUUCAAGGACAAGUAUGGAGAUGGAAGCUGAAAAAAUAAUCUCCGAGCACCUUUUAACCUUCAAGGAUAUUAAUAAUCUAGUUGAGCAGAAUGUUCAACUUAGAAGUCUUGUUCGUAGUCUUUCUGGCCAGAUUGAGAAUCAGGAGGUGGAGUUUAAGGAGAGGUUGGAAUUAGAGCUGAGAAAAUGUUCUGAUGAAGCUGCUUCAAAAGUUGCUGCUGUUCUGCAGAGAGCCGAAGAGCAAGGGCGCAUGAUUGAAUCACUUCAUACAUCUGUUGCCAUGUACAAGAGGUUGUACGAGGAAGAGCAUAGUCAUCAUUUAUCCCAGACCCAUUCUUCAGAAGCUCAUACAGUUGUCAAAGAUGUUGGUAGGAAUGACCUUGCUGCUUUAAUUGAUAGUUCACAGUUCUGCAAGGAGAGUUUAGCCUUCUGCUUCUUUCUGUUGCAGGCUAGCCUGGGUACCAUACAGAGUGCUGAGGAAGUUCGAGAGGAGGCAAGAGUCGCAGAGAGAGUAAAAAAGGAAGAGUAUAUAAAGAAAUUAGAGAGGGAAUGGGCAGAGGCCAAGAGGGACUUACAAGAAGAGCGGGAAAAUAUGUGGAGACUCAUGCAAGAUCGUGAUCAAACCAUAAAGAACAACACUAUGCGGCAGGUUGAAGAUUUGAGCAAAGAGUUAGCUAAUGCAUUGUCUGCUGUUGCAUCUGCUGAAUCUAGGGCUGCUGUGGCUGAGGCAAAACUCUCUGGCCUUCAAAGAAAAAUGGGUUCCGUUGACGAUAAGGUUUUUGAAAAGGUUGGUGUAAGUGGAUUUCUAUCUAGCUCAAGUGAUGUGGUUGCUGGUGAACUACAAGCAGCAAAAGAGGAGAUUGAAAAAUUGAAAGAGGAAGCUGAUGCUAACAAAGCUCACAUGCUACAGUAUAAGAGCAUUGCUGAGGUUAAUGAAGAUGCACUCAAGCGGAUAGAAACUGCACUUGAGAACUACAAAGUGGAGGCUGGGAAUGAAAAGAAAGCUUUAGAAGGUGAACUUCAUUCCCUUAGAGAGAAGGUGGUAGAGCUUAAAAAUGAAACUAGUCUGAAAUGUGAAGAAGUGGCUUCAGUAACAGCAGGCAAAGACAAGGCUCUUUCAUCUGCUUUGGCUGAAAUCACAACUCUGAAGGAAGAAAUUUUAGCCAAAUGUUCUCAAAUAUCAGCAAUGGAAGUUCAAAUAUCUGGUUUUAAAGAACAGCUGGACGAGGAGCAUAAGAAGUGGCGUUCAGCUCAAAACAAUUAUGAAAGACAGGUUAUUCUCCAAUCCGAAACAAUUCAAGAGUUGAAAAACACAUCUGAAGCAUUAGCCACGCUGCAGGGUGAGGCAUCUGAAUUACGAAAAUUAGCUGAUGCUCAGAAAUUUGAAAAUAGUCAACUGAAGGCUAAGUGGGAAGAGGAGAAGACAUUGCUUGAGAAGUCAAGAAAUGAUGUUGAGAAGAAAUAUGAUGAAAUAAAUGAGCAGAAUAAAAUACUUCAUAGCCAUCUUGAAGCUUUGCAUAUUCAGAGGGCAGAGAAGGAGCGCAAUUCUGCUGGUAUACCAUCUGGAAGUAGUAGUGCAGAUACAUUUGGUGAUGCUGGUCUUCAAACUGUGAUUAGUUAUCUCCGGCUUUCAAAAGAAAUGGCAGAAAAAGAAGUGUCAUUGUUGAAACAGCAAAAGCUGCGGUUGCAGUUGCAGCUUGAGGGUGCUUUAAAGGCAGUUGAAUUUGCAAAUGCAUCACUAGAGGCUGAUCGUGCAAAGUCAAAAUCGCGUUUGUUCACCGAAGAAGAGUUCAAAUCAUUGCAACUUCAGGUUAGGGAAAUGAACUUACUUCGUGAGAGCAACAUGCAGCUUAGGGAAGAAAAUAAGCAUAAUUUUGAGGAGUGCCAGAAAUUGCGUGAACUAGCACAUAAAGCAAGAGCUGAGGUUGAAAAUCUAGAGAAGCUUCUGAGAGAAAGAGAAAUGGAGUUGGCUGGUUGUAAGAAUGAAACUGAAGGACUAAAAAGGGAGAAAGAUGAUCUCUGUCACAAGGUUUCUGAGUUGCUUGAAAGGAGUAAAAACAUUGAUGUGGAAGACUAUGAUCGAAGCAAGAAACUUGUUCGAGAUUUGCAGGAAAGACUCAAAGAAAAGGAUUCUAAACUAGACGAAAUGGGGAAAACUCUUUCUGUAAAGCAGGAUUCAGUUGCACGUUUGGAGCAAGACCUAUCAAACUGCAGAGUGGAACUAGCAGAGAGAGAAAAGAGAAUUAAUGAUAUUACACAAUCUGAGGUUAGCCUAAAACAUGAAGUGGACAGGCAUAAGAAAAUGCUGGGUUCAUGGAAGAUCAAGAAUGACUUGUUGUCAAAGGAGGUUCAACAACUUUCAAAGCAAUUAGAUGAAAUCAAACAAGGGAAAAAGUUGACUACUGAUACAACUGGUGAUCAUGCAAUGAAAGAAGAGAAGGACACCAGAAUACAGACUCUUGAAAAAACAGUGGAGAGACAACGAGAUGAAUUAAAGAAGGAGAGGGAAGAAAAUCAAAUGGAGAAAGGCAGACGAAUUAAGACUGAGAAAGCAAUAAAGGAUUCUUACAACAAUGUUGAGCAGGAGAAAGCAAAGUUUAUUAAUGAACUUGAGAGGCACAAAGAGGCUCUAAAGCGAUUAUCCGAGGAAGUUGAAAAGGUCAAGGAUGUUGGCAAUCUUCCUGAGGGAGCAAAUGCAGUUCAACUUCUUUCUGGAUCCAAUGUUGACAACUUAGCUGCUCCAUAUGUAUCUGCUGUUGAAAGCUUUCAGAAGGAAGCUCAUUCAGUAUUUUCUGAGCUUGGAGGCCAUGUGAACCGUGGUGAUGCAACAACAGUUAUGGAUACUUCUGCUGCUACAGCUUCGGUGGUACAUGCAUCAACCCCUAGCGUCAUAUCCUUGCCAGCUGUUGGUGUAAGCGGUUUAUCCCCUAAAGCCACCAUAGAUAGUGAUAAAAGACCUCCAUUCUCCCGGCCAAGUGCAGAACCCCGUAAAACUGGUAGAAAAUUGGUCAGGCCCCGUCUGGUAAAACCUGAUGAGCCACAAGGUGACACAGAAAUGUUUGAUGCUGAAGGAUUAGGUAAGCCUGGGCCUUCUGAGGCAGCACCUCAAACUGGUUUUGCUCCAUCUCAGCCUUUAGCUCGUAAACGUGUUGCUACUACCUCUACUACUGAGUUGCGGGAAGAAUCAGUUGCAGUUGGUGAGAAAAGUUCUGAUGCCCCCAUGCUGAAGAAGUCGAAGAGAUCAGAAUCCCCGGAAGAUAAUGGUGAAGAACCUGUUACAGAACAUGCUGGAACUAAUAUGGCUUCUGAGGAACUUGAAAGUGGUGAGUUGCCACAAGGCCAAAAUGCAGGAGUUGUUGAAGCUCAAAAUGAAGACGGCGAAAUACCUGUUGUAAAGGAUGAGGAAGCCAACAAUCCACAGAACUUGGAUGGUACUAAUCAAGAGGAAUUACAUGAUGACAAGCCCAUUGAUUUCGAAGAGAAUCAGGAUCAAGCAGCUGAAGUGAAAAUGCAGUCUGAUGAUAUGCACAGGGAUCAUAUUGAGCCAGAAAACCAGCAGUCAUCGUUGGCAGUUGGUGGUGAGACAGAAGAGGGAGAAUUGUUGCCAGAAACUGGAGAACCUGAGGGUGGUAAUGAGGAAAACCAAGAUUCUCGGGAAGGUCAAUCUGAGCCUGUUAGAACGCCUGAACCUUCUCCAACUAGGGCUGAUGAUGAAGCUCUCGAGGCCGGUGAGAUCAAUUCUCCUGAGCUUUCAGGUGAUGAUAAAAAUGAUGAGGGUGACUUGACUGAGGAGGCCGGCGAUACACUUGACAAGGCGGCCGAUGUUAACGAAUCAACAACAGUUGAGACUGACAAGGUGGCUGAACCUACUCCCAUUGCAAGUGAGGUUGCUCCGACUACUAGUGCUGCAGAAACUAGCUCCUCAAGACCUGUUACAAGGCAAUCUACUGCCCAUGGCAGUGCCACUGCUGAAACAGACGAUGUAAAGCAUACAUCACCUCUGAACAGUUCAUCAACCACCAUAAAUUUGUUAGAGCGAGCCCGAGAGAGGGCCCAAUUGAGACAGGCUGGAGUAGUUUCCACUGUUGGGAGAGCACGUGGAAGAGUUCCGCGUGGUCGAGGUGUACGAGGUCGUGGACGCAGGCCGCCCACUAACGAAUCUUGACUCAUCAAAGUAGUGUGAAUUGUUAAUUAGAUAGGACAGUAUAGAGAUAAUAGUAGCUGUAAAUGAGGCUCAGGUUCACGUAAAUGCAAUGGUUUAUCAUGUUCUAAAUGAUAUGUACCCAUAAUAGGAAGCAUAUGUUUGUAUCAAUGGUUGACGUUUUGAUAGAUUAGAUGACACUAGUAUUUGUUAAUUCAUAUGCAUCAAUACUUUUUAUAA